GAAGUGUGUAACUUGCUCCUGCCCCUCACCCUAGGCCUGGCCCUCCUCUAGCACCUUCAGCCGAAGAUCAAAAAUCCCCCCCAAGGGUCCACGAGUGGAGGUGGACCAGCUGGGACAAUGAUACGAAAUCUCAUACACUGCAGAGCACUCCUCAGGGCUACGCUGCCCUCACCCCCUCUCCGCAGGUACCAUGUCCCCUCGCCCCUUCCUCACCAGCCUGUCCCCAAUCUGUCUAAGAUCCUGUCUCGAUACCUGCGCUCCCUCCAGCCGUUGGUUACGGAGGAAGAGCUGGAGAGCACACAAGAACUGAUGCAGGAAUUUCUACGCCCCAGGGGACAGGCAGAAGAGCUAGAGCAACAACUACAGCGGAGGGCGGAACGCACUGAUAACUGGCUGACAGACUGGAGGCAGCAGGCUAUAUACCUUGAAAACCACCUGCCUCUUCCUGUGCAUUCCAGCCCAGCUGUCAUUCUCCCCCAGAGAGAAUACAAAGACUGGAAAGGACAGCUAAGGUUUGCAGCAAAAUUAAUUUCUGGUGUUCUGGAUUUCAAAGCGAAGAUUGAGAGCCCCGAAGGACUCCCAGAGCUAUGGAGAGGCCGCAAUCUUUGUCAAGACCAGUAUCACAAUUUCUUUGGAUCAUGCAGGGAACCGGGAUACAAGAGAGACCGUGUCUUGCUGCAGCCUCGUCACAAGGCCGGUCCUCAUCAUGUGACAGUCUGCAGAAACUACCAGUUCUUCCAGUUGGACGUAUAUAAUAGUGAUGGAACGCCACUCACUGAGGACCAAAUACACCAGCAAAUGGUCUUCCUACGAGAACACUCUUAUAAGACCGACAAAGAACCUGUGGGGGUGCUGACCACAGACCACCGUAACAGCUGGGGAAGAGCGUAUUCCGCCCUCAUCCGAGACCGGUUGAACAGGGAGUCUGUGCGCAGUAUCCAGCAGAGCAUCCUGACACUGUGUCUUGAUGCCACGGCACUGAAGUACUCCGAAGGUCUGUACAGCAGCCGCACUGCCGCUCAGAUGCUGCAUGGAGGAGGGAGCCAUGCCAACAGCGGGAAUCGCUGGUUUGACAAGACCCUGCAGUUCGUGGUGGGGGAGGAUGGGACGUGUGGACUGAUAUACGACCAGGCGACAGCUGAUGCCUCGGCGGUCCUGACGAUGCUACGCCAUGUCUUGGAGUACUGUUCUAGGGGCCCCACCCUGGUACCACCACGAACACCCCUGAUCCGCCUCCCACCUCCAAGGAAACUCUAUUUCAGUUUCCCCCCUGACAUCAAGCAGCACAUAGAGCAGGCCAAGCAGAACCUGGACAUAUUGGUCAGUGAUCUGGACAUUUGCUGUUUCACCUUUCCUGAUUUUGGAAAAAGUUUUCCUCGGAAACACAGCUUGAGACCUGGAGCUUUCUUGCAGGUCUGCCUCCAGCUGGGGUAUUACAGGUUACAUGGAGAUCUCUGUGCUACAUGUGAGGUGGUCUCAAUGCGAGCCUUUCAUCGGGGGCGAUCAGAUGUCGUGCGCUGUACUUCUCCAGAGAUUUUGGAAUUUGUAAAAGCUGCAGACGACCCAAGCAAAAAGGCAGAAGAGAAGCUCUCUCUCUUGUUAAGGGCAGUGAAGACUUACCAGGAUUCCACGGAGCAGGUGUUACAGGGACAGUCAGUAGAUGGCGCUCUCCUGGCUAUGAAGAAGCUGUGUAUUUCCUCUGGAGUUGCGCUUCCAUCCAUCCUGAUGGACACAUCCUAUGCAGUCUCUACUCAUUGGAAGCUAUUCACAGGACAGGUGUCUUCUCCUAUGGAUUGUGUGAUGUGCUAUGGACCUUUGGUUCCCGAUGGUUACAGCGUUUGCUUUGCGCCUUCUGAAGACAAUAUCACAGUUUGUGUGUCCGCCUUUGAUUGCUGUCAAGAGACUGAUGCCCAGAGACUAUCAGACUUUUUACAGGUGGCUCUAAGAGAUAUGCAUGCCCUCAUCCUGGAGUGCCGACCUGGGGAAGACUAAGCCGAAGGUCUUUCUACAAGGAGAUGUUCCUCUCUGAGAGAGGAUGUCUCUGACUGCUGGGAUGUAUUUUUCAGUUUUUCCGUAUUUGUCUCUCAUUUAAAAAACACAAAACCAAAAGGCUGAGGGAUGUGUGCUGUGGUGACAGUUUACCAAAGGAACGGACUCCAAUAUUAGAAAUAAAACAUAAACAAUAUAACAAAUGAUUUAUUACGAUUUCAUUGGUUUUGUUUCCCUUAUCUAAUUGCUAUUUACUAGAGAUGCUCGAUGAAGGAAAAUGAUAUGCAACUGGAUGGUGGGAUUGAAAGAAGGGUAAACAUAGAGAGGAGCCUAAAUGUUGGUGAAAGGAAGGAUAGGUUGUCAAAAUGCGAAAUUCAGGGGAAAG